CUCACCUCAUAACCCUUGCAAAUAAGAACAGCGCAACAGUCAACUGUCAUUAGUGCGCUUAUCCCAUGCCGCUGGUGGAAGUGUUCGCUGUUCGUGUUCAGGUGAGCGCGUACAGUUAGUUUUACAGUCCCUAUUCCGCUACUUUCAUGAGCCACGGAGAGGAGAAGGAGGACCUGGGACACAGUUGACCCAUCGUGGUAUACCUUCCCGCAAUCCGGGGAAGAGCACGGACGGAGGGGAGGCUGGACAGGGAGAGGACGAGGCAUCAGAGGACGAUAACACGGAGAGCGGACACAGUCGACGCCAACGCGACAUGGAGAUGACAACCCGCAAUUUGCACCUCAACUCCAAAGUUGACAAUUGCGAUGGAGUGAUCAACAGAAACGGCGGUGACAUGACUGAGAUAUCUGUACCGCUGUCCCACUCUGGGAAGCGUAUGCCUCAAAUCGAGGGGGGCAAUCUUUAUAGAUUGCGAGAUAGAAAGGUUUUAUUGGAGGACAAAAAACGGCUGUGCGCUUGGGCUCUGGGCACCGCGCUGCUUGGGACACUGCUCAUGAUACUGCACGCGGAGCUGUGCCCGUUUAUUUACCAACCAGGCUCCCGCUACGCCUUUAUCAUCAACUGCUCCAUCAGCAUGUCCACUGGGUGUCUUCUGAUUCUCAUCGUAGCCUUCCAUUAUAAGGACAUCAGGCUCUUUAUCAUUGACCACAACCAGGUGGACUGGCGCAUCGCCYUGACAAGCCGCAGGGUGCUGGGCAUCUCCCUSGAGCUGCUGGUCUGUGCCAURCAUCCCGUGGGCACCUACUGGGAGGUGGSRYUCCCUGCYCCCAUCGCCAGGGAGGGGGUAGAGGUCAACUCCUCCAACUCGGCGCCGCUGUGUGUGUCCUCCCGCCACGGGGAGGRYCUGUUGGACACAGAGCUGCUACUGUCGGCGRUGAUGUUCCUCAGGCUGUACCUGGUCCACAGGACGAURCUACUGCACAGCAAGGUGCUSCUCAGUGCCUCCUAUAGGAGUAUCGGCUCGCUCAACAACAUCAACUUCACGUUCCGCUUCGUGCUCAAGGUGCUGAUGAACAAGUACCCGGCGCGCACGCUGAUGGUGUUCAUCUUCUUGUUCUGGCUCAUCGCCUCCUGGAUGCUCACGCUGUGUGAGAGGUAG